CGGGCAGUACAAAACCUGUAAGCCAGCUUCAAGUGCGACGUUGGAGCGGCCAGAUAUAUCCGCAAUCUCCCCCUCAAUGCCGCUUCCGCUCCCGCGGAGGAUACGUACGAACAGAACGAGCGAUAAACACCUCGAGCACGCCCGAGACCAGGCCCCGCCACAAGAGACUCACGCACUGUCUUCAAAACCGAAUGCACCUACUGUAGACGAUUCGCAGAAUACAGCGGACGAGGUUCAAGAGCUGGAAGAGGCCGCUCUCGAGUUCCUGCAGAAGCACAUCCGCGCGUUCGAUUCAGACCGCUCUUCGCUCGCCAGCGCUUAUUCACGCCUUGCCACAUUCUCCGUACAAACGCAGCAUCCACCCGAUGCCCCAAGCGCGACUCUGCUCCCGAGAUCGCAUACCAAGCUGCCACACCCACGCGGACCGACCGAAAAGUUGAAGCAGGGCCGUCUCGACAUCAUUGCCGAGCUUCUCUCCCUCCCGGACGACCGCCAUUUCUGCGUGGGCCGCCAGGCCAGCAUCGAUUACGACGUUACAUGCCUGGAGAGCACAGUAGGCGUGCUGCUUGUGUGCUAUUCGGAGAAUGAGGGCGGUUGGGCGUGCGACCAGCGGUUUGUGCUAAGGAGAAAGGAGUGGGAUAAGGAAGAUGGGUCGACCGAGGGGCUGUGGCCGCUCAUUGCUGUGUGUCAUCAAAUGACAUUCCGGGAGAAGGCUUCGAGGUGAUCCGUGUCAAAUUGCAAAUAGCGCAC